AGUCGUCUUAUCACUCUCGACGUAAAACAUUCACGAACCUAAAUUCACAUAAUUUAAUUUAUUUGUCCGGCAUUUUGUUGGAAGUACUUUUGUGAAAUUUCUUUAAUUAAAAAUAAUAGCAGAAAGAGGCUAGGAAAUGUCUUGUUGUGGAUUAAUUGGAACAUUCUGUACUUUUGUGGUACUCAUUCAGACAGUUUUAGGAGUUUUUCGUUGGAUUUAUGAGAACAUUUUAGGCCCACGAUUUGGAAAAUCAAUAAAUUUCUCUAGUUAUGGAAGAUGGGCACUUGUCACUGGGGCCACUGAUGGGAUUGGAAAGGAAUAUGCGAAAUCGCUUGCUCAACGCGGAAUGAACAUUAUUUUGGUGUCCCGUACUCUUUCAAAGCUUGAAGCAGUUGCAAAGGAAAUACAAGAGGCUUAUAAUGUUGACACUGCAGUUAUUGAUGUUGACUUCACAUCAGGACCGGAAAUUUAUGAGAAAGUGAAGGAUCGCAUUAAGGGAAAGGAAAUUGGAGUGCUAGUGAACAACGUUGGUGUUAGUUAUUCAUGUCCAGAUUUCUUCCUUGCAAUCCCAGACCGUGAAAAACUGAUUCAAGAUAUCAUCAGAUGUAACAUUACAUCAAUGGCGAUGAUGUGCAGUAUUAUCUUACCGCAAAUGGUUCAACGUCAAAAGGGAAUAAUAAUCAACAUUGCGUCGAUGUCUGCAGUUGUUCCUGCGAGUAAUUUAACCAUCUAUUCAGCUUCGAAAGCAUUUGCUGACAAAUUUUCUAAAGAUCUUGCUGCAGAAUAUGAAAAAGUUGGGGUGAUCAUUCAAUCAGUUUGUCCUGGAUUUGUUGCUACAAAUAUGACGAAAAUGAAGAAAGGAUCUUUUAUGGCACCAUUACCAAAACAAUUCGUAGAAGCUGCUUUGAAGACAGUUGGAUUUGCGGGUCAUACAGCUGGUUACAUCCCACAUUGUUUAAUGCAAGUGUCAGCUCAAUUCCUUCAAUUUAUUGCACCAGGAUUGAGUCGCAGCAUAACUUUGAAAACUAUGGCAAAUGUAAGAAACCGACAGAUCAAGAGAGGCCUCUACACGUCAGCUACCAACUGAAAUGAAUUGUGAAAUGCAAUUUAAACCAAAGAAUAAGAAAAUGAAAAUUGAUUUUAACUUUCUUUAAUAUAAAAACAAACACAAAAUGCUUAAACAAAUUUUAAUAUUAUUCUUCCCACAUAAGAAAGGUUCAAUAAAAGCGAAUGUUUUAAGGACAAUAUCAUAUAAAUCUUUUAUAUUUUAUAAUUAAUUGUUGUAUCUCGUUAGCAUCCAACACGAUCGCGUGGAAUCAGUCGAAGUUCAGAGCCGUGUUUGAGAAAAACAUUACCAGCUGUUUGUGCUGGGUUAAUUCCUAUGCCAUCAUCAGUAAUUAUGGCACUUGUUGCAGGUGGAACGUUGAAUUCUUCAGCUGCAAAUUUAAGAACCGCUGUGAAUGGCGUAUUCUCUGGAACUGACAGU